CUCCUCUCCUGCUCACCUGACGCAUCUGCAGGACCGGCAUGUCUUGCUUGUCUGGCGUCUCCUCCUUCAGGGCUGGAGGCAGCAGGAUGUCCACUGGUGGAAGCAGCUCUGCCUGGGGCUUCCAAGGAGGAGCUGGCAGCUGUGGCCUGAGUGGGGGAUUUAGCGGUGGCUUUGGAGGUGGCACCGGAGGAGGCUUUGGGAGCUGCUCCAUAGAGGGCAGGUGGGGAGCAGGCUCAGGCUCUGGGGCUGGCUUUGGCGGGGGCUCUGGCUUCGGUGGAGCUUCUGGAUUCAGCAGCGGUGCUAGCGGGGGCUUCUGCAGCUAUGGGGGUGGCACAGGAGGUGGCUUUGGUGGGGGCUCUGGUGAUGCGGGGCUUCUCCCUGGGAAUGAGAAGCAGACCAUGCAGAACCUCAAUGACCGCCUGGCCAGUUACCUGGGCAAGGUCCGGGCCCUGGAGGAAGCCAACACUGAUCUGGAGAAUAAAAUCAAGGAGUGGUAUGACAAAUUUGGGCCUGGGUCUAGAGAUGGUGGGACCAGAAGAGAUUACAGCCAUUACUACUCCAUUCUUGAAGAUCUCAGGAAGCAGAUCACAGCUGCCACUACUGAAAAUGCUAGGACCAUGUUGCAAACCGACAAUGCCAGGCUGGCUGCUGAUGACUUCAGGCUGAAGUACGAGCACGAGCUGUCCCUGCGGCAGGGCGUGGAGGCCGACAUCAACGGGCUGCGCAGGGUGCUGGACGAGCUGACCCUGUCCAAGACCGACCUGGAGAUGCAGAUCGAGGGCCUCACGAAGGAGCUGGCCUACCUGAAGAGGAACCACGAGGAGGAAAUGAAGAGUGUGCAAGGGAGCUCCGGGGGGAACGUGACCGUGCAGGUGAACGCCGCCCCAGGAGUUGACCUGACCAAGUUGCUGAACGACGUGCGGGCACAGUACGAGCAGCUGGCCGAGCAAAACCGCCGGGAGGUGGAGGAGCGGUACAACGAGCAGAGUGCAUCAUUCCAGGCACAGAUCUCUACCAAUGCUGGGGCAGCCAGUUCUGCCAAAACGGAGAUAACAGAGCUGAAACGUACCCUGCAAGCCCUGGAAAUUGAGCUCCAGUCCCAACUGGCCAUGAAAAGCUCCCUGGAAGGGACCCUGGCUGACGCAGAAGUGGGCUACGUGGCUCAGCUGUCAGGGAUUCAGAUGAAGAUCGGCAGCCUGGAGGAGCAGAUUUGCCAGAUCCGGAGGGAGACUGAGUGUCAGAACAGAGAAUACGAGGUGCUGCUGGACAUCAAGACACGCCUGGAGCGGGAGAUCGAGACCUACCGCCGCCUGCUCAACGGAGAGCGAGGUGGCUCUGGUUUUGAAAGAUCCGAGGACUUGGUAACCGGUAACUCAAGAUCUGAAAGUCAAGGAAGAGACCCUAACAAGACGAGGGUGACGAAGACCAUCAUAGAAGAGGUGGUGGACGGCCGAGUUGUCUCCUCUCAAGUCAGCAGCAUUUCUGAGGUGAAAAUCAAGUAAGCAGUUUUCAGAUCAACAAGACCAUCUUCUGGAGAAGAGAUCAAGAAGGCCAGGAGAGAGGCACCGCUCUGCGUCCCUCCAGGGAGAAUCUUCAGUCCAGACAGACACCCAGCCAGUGUCUCCGCA